UUUGAGAGGGGGGGUGUUGUUGAGAUUUAAAGCUUGGAAAGUUUUCGGUGCCGCUGCUUGAGCGAAGCCCCGAGCCCCCCAGCCCGCCGCCACGGAAGAGAGGGAGGGAGAGACAGAGAGAGCUAGCGGAGGAGAGAAAGUCUUCCGAGGGUCUCCCAUCGGUUAUAAGGAAGUGUAGUUUUCUUAGAGGGCUGACAUUGAAACAACUUCAGCUGUUUACUUUUAGGAUGUCUCGCCGCAAGCAAGCUAAACCAAGAGCACUCAAAGCCUAUGAGCAGAGAGAAGUAUCCCAAUGUCAUUGACAUAGAAGAAAAUGAAUCGGAGGACCAGGGAGGUGUGGGACAGUCAGCUGUGCAGACAGAUCUGAACUGUAAACUAGAAGACAAGACAGAAGAUGGAGAGUUGAUAGAUUGUAAGAAAAGGCCGGAAGAAGGGGAGGAGUUAGAGGAAGAAGCUGUGCACAGCUGUGACAGCUGCCUCCAGGUGUUUGAGUCACUGAGUGAUAUCACAGAGCACAAGAUUAAUCAAUGUCAACUGACAGAUGGAGUAGACAUUGAGGAUGACCCUUCCUGCUCAUGGCCAGCUUCUUCACCUUCAAGCAAAGACCAGACUUCCCCAAGCCAUGGAGACGGCUGUGAUUUUGGCGAAGAAGAAGGUGUUCCUGGACUGCCCUACCCCUGCCAGUUUUGCGACAAGUCGUUUAGCCGCCUCAGCUAUUUGAAGCACCACGAGCAAAGUCACAGCGACAAGCUCCCUUUCAAGUGCACGUAUUGCAGCCGCCUUUUCAAACACAAGCGGAGCAGAGAUCGCCACAUCAAACUCCACACAGGAGAUAAGAAAUACCACUGCAGCGAGUGCGAUGCAGCGUUUUCGAGAAGCGAUCACCUUAAAAUCCACCUAAAGACUCAUACCUCUAACAAGCCAUAUAAGUGUGCCAUUUGCCGGCGCGGGUUCCUCUCCUCUAGUUCGCUUCACGGUCACAUGCAAGUCCACGAGAGGAACAAAGAUGGUUCCCAGUCUGUCUCCCGGAUGGAGGACUGGAAAAUGAAGGACACUCAGAAGUGCAGUCAAUGUGAAGAAGGUUUUGAUUUUCCCGAAGACCUUCAGAAGCACAUAGCAGAAUGCCACCCGGAGUGUUCCCCAAAUGAAGACAGAGCUGCUCUUCAGUGCGUUUACUGCCACGAACUCUUUGUAGAGGAAAGUUCCCUUGUAAACCACAUGGAGCAGGCUCACAAUGGAGCGGAAAAGAAACACAUGUGCAGUAUUUGCUCAGAGAACUUCCAUAGUGUCGAAGAGCUGUAUAGCCACAUGGAUAGCCACCAGCAGCCCGAAUCAUGCAACCACAGCAACAGCCCCUCUUUAGUGACUGUUGGCUACACCUCAGUGUCUAGCACUACACCAGAUUCAAACCUCUCAGUAGACAGUUCAACUAUGGUUGAAACAGCUCCCCCCAUAACAAAAGGCCGUGGAAGAAAACGGGCAGCCCAACAGGUGACAGAUAUCACAGGGCCUUCAAGCAAGCAAGCCAAGGUUACCUACAGCUGCAUAUACUGCAGCAAGCAAUUGUUUUCGAGCCUUGCAGUGCUCCAGAUACACCUGAAAACUAUGCAUUUAGAUAAACCCGAACAGGCCCAUAUUUGCCAGUAUUGUUUAGAAGUAUUACCUUCGCUUUACAAUCUGAACGAGCAUCUUAAACAAAUACACGAAGGCCCAGAUCCUGCGCUGAUUGUUUCGACCAUGCCUGCUAUGAUCUACCAGUGCAACUUCUGCUCGGAAGUUUUCAAUGACCUCAACACUCUUCAGGAACACAUUAGAUGUAAUCACGGAUUUGCAAAUCCAGCUGCUAAGGACAGUAAUGCGUUCUUUUGUCCCCAUUGUUACAUGGGAUUUCUUACUGAUUCUUCUUUGGAAGAGCAUAUUAGACAAGUCCAUUGUGAUCUCAGUAGUUCCCGUUUUGGUUCUCCUGUGCUGGGAACCCCCAAGGACCCAGUUGUGGAAGUAUAUUCUUGUUCUUAUUGUACAAAUUCCCCAAUAUUUAAUAGUGUUCUUAAACUGAAUAAACAUAUAAAGGAAAAUCACAAGAACAUUCCGUUAGCGCUAAACUACAUUCAUAAUGGAAAGAAAUCUAGAGCCAUGAGCCCCUUAUCUCCAGUGACUAUAGAGCAGGCUUCUUUAAAGAUGAUGCAAGCGGUUGGUGGUGCCCCUCCACGCCCUACUGGAGAAUACAUUUGCAAUCAGUGUGGUGCUAAGUACACUUCCUUGGAUGGUUUCCAGACUCACUUAAAAACACACCUUGACACUGUCCUACCCAAACUGACUUGUCCUCAGUGCAACAAGGAGUUUCCAAACCAAGAGUCCCUGCUGAAGCACGUGACCAUCCACUUCAUGAUAACCUCCACUUACUACAUCUGUGAAAGUUGUGACAAACAGUUUACUUCAGUGGAUGACUUGCAGAAGCACUUGCUUGACAUGCAUACCUUUGUGUUUUUCCGCUGCACUUUGUGCCAAGAGGUGUUUGAUUCAAAGGUCUCCAUUCAGCUUCACCUGGCCGUGAAGCACAGCAACGAAAAGAAGGUGUACAGGUGCACCUCCUGCAACUGGGAUUUCCGCAACGAGACGGACUUGCAGCUCCAUGUCAAACACAACCAUCUUGAGAACCAAGGGAAAGUGCACAAGUGUAUCUUUUGUGGCGAGUCCUUUGGUACCGAGGUGGAGCUGCAGUGCCACAUCACAACACACAGCAAAAAGUACAACUGCAAGUUUUGCAGCAAAGCAUUUCAUGCCAUCAUACUGCUGGAGAAACACUUGAGGGAAAAGCACUGCGUCUUUGAAACAAAAACCCCUAAUUGUGGAACCAAUGGAGCAUCUGAGCCAGUUCAGAAAGAAGAAGUAGAGCUACAGACCUUGCUGACAAAUAGCCAGGAGUCACACAAUAGCCAUGAUGGCAGUGAAGAAGACGUCGAUACAUCUGAGCCAAUGUACGGAUGUGAUAUUUGCGGGGCGGCCUAUACAAUGGAGUCUCUCCUGCAAAAUCACCAGCUGCGAGAUCACAACAUCCGACCUGGGGAAAGUGCCAUAAUUAAGAAAAAGGCAGAACUAAUUAAAGGGAACUACAAGUGCAAUGUGUGCUCUCGGACGUUCUUUUCAGAAAACGGACUCCGUGAACACAUGCAGACACAUUUGGGUCCAGUGAAACACUAUAUGUGCCCAAUAUGCGGCGAGCGAUUUCCGUCUCUUCUGACUCUUACAGAACAUAAAGUCACACAUAGUAAGAGCCUAGAUACAGGGAAUUGCAGAAUUUGCAAAAUGCCUCUUCAGAGUGAGGAAGAAUUUUUGGAGCAUUGUCAGAUGCACCCUGAUUUGCGAAACUCCUUGACGGGAUUCCGUUGUGUGGUAUGUAUGCAAACAGUGACUUCCACUUUGGAGCUGAAGAUCCAUGGGACAUUUCACAUGCAGAAGACGAGCAGCACUUCAGCAGUGCAGGCCACAGGGCGAGUGCAGCAUCUCCAGAAACUGUACAAAUGUGCUUCUUGCCUGAAGGAAUUCCGUUCAAAACAGGACUUGGUGAAACUUGACAUCAAUGGCCUGCCAUAUGGUCUGUGUGCUGCCUGCGUUAAUCUCAGCAAAAGUGGCAGUCCAAGUGUCAACAUCCCUUCCAGCAGUAAUAGGCAAGGCAUGGGCCAGAAUGAGAACUUGAGUUCCACAGAGAACAAAAGCAAAGCAGGAGGGUUGAAGACUCGCUGUUCAAGUUGCAAUGUUAAAUUUGAAUCAGAAAGUGAACUUCAAAACCACAUCCAGUCAGUCCAUAGAGAGCUCAUUCCGGACAGCAAUAGUACACAUCUGAAAACACCACAGGUAUCACCAAUGCCCAGAAUCAGUCCAUCUCAAUCUGAAGAGAAGAAGACCUAUCAGUGCAUCAAGUGCCAGAUGGUUUUCUACAAUGAGUGGGAUAUCCAGGUUCAUGUUGCAAAUCACAUGAUUGAACUCGAUGGUAGAUAUACCAGUACUUCCACCAGUUCCAGAAGUCCCAGACGGGUGGGAAAUACUAAUGAAGGACUAAACCACGAGUGCAAGCUCUGCAACCAGACAUUUGAUUCUCCUGCCAAACUACAGUGCCAUCUGAUAGAACACAGCUUUGAAGGAAUGGGAGGGACCUUCAAAUGUCCAGUCUGCUUUACAGUGUUUGUUCAAGCCAACAAGUUGCAGCAACAUAUUUUUUCGGCCCAUGGACAAGAAGACAAGAUCUAUGACUGCACACAGUGCCCACAGAAGUUCUUCUUCCAAACAGAACUGCAGAAUCAUACAAUGACCCAACAUAGCAGUUAGUGCAAGGCCCAGUUCUUCAGGAACCGAUUCUUUGCGGGACAAGAAAAAAAAGGGAACAUGUUUAACUCUUUGCACGAGACUUUCAUUGUUAAUGUAUAUUAUUCAGAAACAUUGUAUUGUACCAUAAAACUUGUAUUAUCAAAACUGUUGGAUGUUCAUGUGUUUGAACUUUUGAGCACCGGAGAGACUUCUUGUAUAUAAAGUGUUGCACAUGUAUUAUGUUGUCUGAUACUAAAAUGGUCUUAUAAAGACAAGUGGACUUGGGCCCUAUUCAAGCAGGAUUAAAAGAAGAAUAACGUAUAAAGGGAAAAAAGGCUUAAGACAAAUGUUAUUUUCAAGGAAGAAACAGGAGAAAAAAACUAAUACAUUACAACCCUAUUUGGCUUUCCUUUCAUUCCAGCUUAUGUCUACAAUUUCUCUUUUGGUAUACAAGCAAAUGAAUUCAAGAGUAUUUUUAUUGUUGAAGAUACUUGCAAAAGUAAAAAUAAAUAAAAACGAACCGAUUCUCUCCAAACUGACCCCCCAGCUGAAUAUGGCCUGUAUAUAUAUUUGUAAGCCUUGCGAUAUGACAGAUAGCAUUACCAUAUAUGCAAUAGUUGUUAUGUAGAUUGUCAAAGAAACUUUUUUUCCCCCUGGAUACCAUUUGAAGCUUUUGAGUGUUCAAGACUUUUCCUUAAUGACGUCACAUGGCCAAAUUUUUGAAUCAGUUGAACUAACCUGUAUGUUACUGUUAUUAAUGUUUACUCUGCGGUCUGAACCUGGAGAUUACUGGAAUGGUUUUCCAAGAGGAAAUAAAUUCAGUUUACCAUUA